AUGGCCACCGCGAUUGAAAGUGCGCGGAGAGAUCCAGUGCGGAACCACCAAGACGAUAUCAUGGGCGCACGCACCGUUCCCAUCAUCACGUCGACGCCAACGCCCACCAUCAAGAUGUCGGCGCCCUCUCCAGCUGGCGAGCCCAUGGAGAUCACGUCGCCCAACUACGCUCCUCACGCGACCUCGAGCAACAGCAGCCCCCAGGGCGAAAACCACGAUGCUGUCCAGCGACAGAACAAUUCCAAUGACCACUCCAACUCGACGUCCAUGCCAGCCCCGGCCGUCGCGGCUGCCGCCGUCCAUCAGCCCAAGAUCGUCCAGACGGCCUUUAUCCACAAGCUCUACAAUAUGCUAGAGGACCCAAACAUACAGCAUCUAAUCAGUUGGUCAAGUUCGGCGGAGAGCUUCGUCAUGUCACCGUCGCAUGAUUUCUCAAAAGUUCUUGCGCAAUAUUUCAAGCAUACGAACAUUUCGUCUUUCGUCCGCCAAUUGAACAUGUACGGGUUUCAUAAAGUGAGCGAUGUUUUCCAUACCGGAAACCCCGAGACUGCGCUGUGGGAGUUCAAACACGGCAACGGCAACUUCAAAAGAGGCGACUUGGUUGGGCUGCGCGAGAUCAAGCGGCGGGCUUCUCGUCAUGCGCUCGUUCAUCGAGAGCCCUACAACAGCCAAAAGCCAACGCCGUCUCAACCUGGCACCCCCGCCGAGCCAAUGCCCCCUAUGCCCGACGGCUCAGAUCCCAGGCUUGCCAGCAUUGAGCAUAAUUUGUACGAGGUCAAUGCCAGGCUACAACGGAGCGAGGAGAACGCGCAUUACAUGUACAUUAAACAGCAAGCCAUGAUGGACACGGUCACACGUCUACUUCAUUUCAACCAGGAGCUAUCGAGGACGGUUCUGUCGCUCGUGCCGAAUCCCAAUGAUCAAAUCCACCGAGACGUUCUGGCAUUACAAGGGGAGAUACAAAGGCAGUCUGACCUCUUCCGCUCCAUGGACGAGCCGCAUGAGCCCCCUCUCUCGGGCAGCCGCCAGUAUUUUGCCAAUCUCGACAACCCCCCGGUGUCGCCGCGGCAGCUAGGCCAGGAUGAUCAACGGAGGUUGAAUGUGCCCCAAUCCAGAGGCGGCAACUUCUACCGACCACCGGUUCCCUCUAACCUCUCCAUCAACGCACGUCGAUCCUAUGGCUCGAUUGGGGGGAACACCGUCCAAUCAUCUUCCCCCCUCCGGACUCAGGCACCACCGCCUCCUGCCGGACCCCCUCACCCGCUCGCCAAUGUUGAGCCGCCACCAGGGAGCUUGGCCCGACGACAUACUUCGGCUGACAUUCGGGCCCACGGAUGGCAGCCGGCCCCCUCGCCGUUUGCCGGCUCUGGGCCACCUUCGUCCCAGUGGCCUUCUUCGCCCAGUCGGGUGCCCCAGGACGAUCAACGUCUCCAUGAAUCCCUGUCCACGUAUUCCCUCCAGAGUGCGUCGCAGCAGUCCCAUUCGCGCCCUUCGACGCCACCACCCCCGCCCUUCUCGAAUGGCAUUAAUGGCAUGGAUAGCUUCAACAGCUGGUCGUGGAGCUCGGCUGGCCGCGAGAACAAGAACCUUUCUAUCAAAGACAGUUCGGGACCGCCUACCAGGAGGGGUAGCAUGGCUCACAUACUCAAUCCAACCGACACGGCAGAGCAACCUGACGAGGACGACCCCCGGGGAGACGAUGACAGGAAACGCAAACGCAUUCAAUAA